GGCUACUUCCGUUUUCGGAAGAGAGCCGAAAGAAGCCGCAAUAUCAACAUUCAUUGACAGAAUUUGUAAAUAACACUAUUUUAUAAAAAUUGCGGUGUUGGGUUCAGGAUGUCAGGACAGAAGCGUCCGUGUGACUCCAGCGCCCCCUCUUCCUCGUCCGGUGCGCCCCCCGAUAAACGGAGGGAGCGAGAAGGAGGAGAGGACGGGGUUCCCGGGGUCAGCGCUACUGCCGUGGAAACAGUCAUCAAACUCGGAGGGGUGUCCAACUCGGAGGAACAGGAUGUCAAAGCUCUCCAUGUGAAGAACAGGAAGUUGGGAGAAUCCCUCGAUCAAAGACAGGUGAUUGAGGAUGAGCUGAGAGAGAGAAUCGAGAGACUGGAGACUCGUCAGGCUACUGAUGAUGCCAGCCUACUGAUCCUGAACAGAUACUGGAAUCAGUUUGAUGACAAUGUGCGCCAGAUUGGCAGGCGCUAUGACCAAUCAGGAAGCGAGCCUGUGGAAACCCCGGUAGGAGAGGGGCGGAGCCUGAAGCCUGACACCCCAGAACCCGACGGCGACUCCAACCAGGAGAGAGCCAAAGACCGAGGCCAACAGGGAGAGACAACCACGUCCUUCCUGGCCACGCUGGCCAGCAGCAGCAGCGAGGAGAUGGAGGCGGAACUGCAGGAGAGGGUGGAGUCCAGUCAGAAGCAGGCCAACCGUGUGGUGGAGAUCUAUGACAGCUUGAAGACCACCGUGGAGCAGCUGAAGAAGGAUCAGGACUCUGGAGCAGAGGGCUCUGUGUGGCAGGUCGCUGUCCAGCUCAACACCCUCCUGUCCAAUGAGAACGACCGGCUGCGUCAGCUGACCGAUGACCUCCAGCAGAAGCACAGUCACAUGACUAGCGAGUCUCGUUCUCUGGGCCGGGCGGUGGCGAGGGCAGACACACGGGUCAGUGAGCUGCAGGGCCUCAUUGAAGAACUCCAGUGGGACAUGGAGAAGAUCAGACGCAGAGAAACCCGCCUCAACACACACCUGGGAGAAAUCCUGGAGAGGGUGAACAGUAAAGGCUACAAGGUGUGUGGGGAGGCCAGCAGUGUGUGUGGAACCAUCACCAUCAACAAGAGAAAGUUUGAGGAGAUGAACAGUGAGUUGGAGGAGAACAGGGAGCUGGCGGAGAACCGUCUGAGUGAGCUGCAGCGGCUACAGCAGGACCUGCAGACGGUCAACCAGGAGAACAACAACAUGAAGGUGGAGUUGUUGAGUCGUGCUGAGGGGGUGGUGAGGGAGAGCUCAGAGUACCGCUGUCUCCAGUCCCAGUUCUCUGUCCUCUACAAUGAGUCUGUGGGCCUUAAGUCUCAGCUGGACGAGACACGCACACGCCUCAACACCACCAGAACGGCACGCCUCCGACAGCUAGAGCACAUGGAGAAUGAUGAGGUGUCUCUCCAGAGGAAGGUGCGUACAGAGGUGUUCCAGCUAGAGGACACUCUGGCCCAGGUCAGGAAGGAGUACGAGAUGCUCCGGAUUGAGUUUGAACAGACCCUCGCUGCAAAUGAACAAGCAGGUCCUAUCAACAGGGAGAUGCGUCACCUGAUCAGUACACUGCAGACACACAACCAGCAGAUGAAGGGAGAGGUGGUGAAAUACAAGCUGAGACUGAGAGAGGCACAGACGGACCUCAGUCAGGCUCGCACUACGAAGGGUAGCGCUAUCCUCCAAUCACAAUCCAGUACGGAGCUGGAUGUGAAGGAGGAGGCCAUCUCCCCCCUGACGCCUGCUGCCUCUGGUGAUGUCACCAUCAAGGUGGAGUCUGACAAUGGUUCAGCCACACCCAACAGCACUAGUACCUCUUUGAAGACAGAGCCUGGGACAGAGACAGAGGGAGAAAUCAAAGAGGAGGAGAAAGAGAAGGAAAUUAAGAAAGAGGAGAAGAAGGAGAGAGAGAGGCCAACCCGUGGAGGGGGUGGGGCCGUGAAGGAGGAGAAGGAGAAGGCUGGGACCAGCAACCAAUCGGAGGAGGUGACUCUGGAGCGCCCAUCUGUGAUUGGAGGACCAAAGAGGAAGGAGGUGGAGCAACUAAAAAUUGUCAGGGCGGACCUAAAGAAAGCCCAGGAGUCUCAGAGGGAGAUGAAACUACUGUUGGAUAUGUACCGGUCAGCACCCAAAGAGCAGAGGGACAAGGUCCAGCUCAUGGCCGCUGAGAAGAAGGCCAAGUCAGAGGCGGAGGAGCUGAAGCAGCGUCUCAGGGAUCUGGAGGAGAGGGAGAGGAGAGAGGGGAAGAAGAUGGCCGACGAGGAGGCACUGAGGAAGAUCCGCUCUGUGGAGGAACAGAUCAACAUCCUCAACAAGAAGCUCUCCCUGGCCAAGCAGGAGGAGGAUGCGUUGCUGAGUGAGAUGGAUGUGACGGGCCAGGCUUUUGAGGACAUGCAGGAGCAGAACAUCCGACUGAUGCAGCAGUUGAGGGAGAAGGAUGACGCCAACUUCAAGCUGAUGUCGGAACGCAUCAAGUCCAACCAGAUCCACAAGCUGCUCAAGGAGGAGAAGGAGGAACUCGCCGACCAGCUGCUCACGCUCAAAACACAGGUGGAUGCCCAGCUGCAGGUGGUGAGGAAGCUGGAGGAGAAAGAGCGCCUCCUCCAGGGCACCAUCAGUACAGCAGAGAGAGAGCUGGCUCUGAGGACACAGGCUCUGGACAUGAACAAACGCAAGACCCAGGAGUCAUCGGUGCUGUCGGAAGAGGUGCGUAGUCAGCUGGACCAGGUGCAGCAGAGACUGGGAACAGUCAGGGAGGAGGUCAUAGAAAACAGCAUCUCCAGAGAAAAGGAGUCCUUCAACGCGCGCCGCGCACAGGAGGACAUCUCCAAACUGCGGAGGAAGAUCGAGAAGGCCAAGAAACCAGCCGAGACCGUCCUCAACGGAGACGACAUCCUCAACGAGGAAAUCAAUGAUUACAAGGCGCGUCUGACGUGCCCGUGCUGUAACUCCCGGGUAAAGGACGCCGUCCUGACCAAGUGUUUCCACGUCUUCUGCUUCGAGUGUGUAAAGACGCGCUACGACACGCGCCAGAGGAAGUGUCCCAAGUGCAACGCCGCCUUCGGCGCCAACGACUUCCACCGCAUCUACAUCGGCUAGAGAGGGUGGAGGAAGAGGAGGAGGAAGGGACCGUAGGGGUUAGGAUAGUGGUGCCGGGAGGUCAGCGGUAUCCACACACCGGGCUUUCUCUCCAGCCAAACAAAACUGUUAUCACCACUCUAGAGAGUGAGGUGGAAUGAGACUAGAAAACUGAGAGGUUUGAUGGACAUGUAAUCAUUAUGGGAAUCUAUCCACCUUGCUGUCUGAUAGGCUAUGUGGAGUUGCUGACUGACACCUAUUCAGUACUCUCGGAUCUCCACAAUAGUGGUGGGGGCUAAGGGUUGUUUCUGGAGUGGUGUACAUUACUUUGACUCAUAGAGAUCAUGGUUAUAUUUGCUGGCUGUGCACUGCCUGCCUGGCUGGAAGAAAAGCUUAUAGGAGAGACUACCUGCCUGGCUGGAAGAAAAGCCUAUAGGAGAGACUACCUGCCUGGCUGGAAGAAAAGCCUAUAGGAGAGACUACCUGCCUGGCUGGAAGAAAAGCCUAUAGGAGAGACUGCCUGCCUGGCUGGGAGAAAAGCCUAUAGGAGAGACUGCCUGUGGCUCAACAAUAGGAUUACAGUACCUAGGGCCUUGUGUGGGGGAACAGUGAGAUUUGACUUGAAGGGAUCCUCGUAGACACACUUCCAUUGUUGAUGUAGCUACCGGGGGUGUUUUUCUCUCCUCACUGAGUUGAUGGAGAGAGAGAUACAGACCUCUUUCACUUAAUAAUUUCAGUCCUGAAGGGCUGCAGUGAUGUGCUGAAGACCCUGAUAACCAUUUGAUAACAGACCCUGAUAACCAUUUUAACUGAUAGUCAACUUCUCUCCCCAGUACUGCUACCCCAGGGAACUAGACACCAGAUGACCUUCCUCGGGCUCUGGAUUUAGACUGGUGUGUGUGUGGGCAUCUCAGUUUACACACGUGUGAGGGAGAAGGUAAAACAGAGGAACCAUUUGCUAAGAUGGUUAGAAAAUCAAUGGUGAGAGUCCCUGGACUAACAGGGACCCUUGCUCCACCUGUACUCUGUCUGUGUGACCUGUCAAUGUUGUCCUUGUAUUUCUCUUUUUGUAUUUGAAAGCUGACUCAUCAGGCCAUAGACAGACAUGCUACCAAUACCUUGAAUUGAUGCGGAUGUGUAAUAUUGCUGCUCUGAAAGUUAUUCAACUGCCAUCAAAUCUAGAAGCUUGUCUUGCAAUUGGUUACUUAUCAGUAAAGUUUGUGCAUUUUUAUUAGCUACAGUA